CUCUGGAACUACAUGAAUCCCGCAGGUGAGACUGAUCGCAGCAAUGGUCAACGCCCUUCGAUACCUGAAUCUUCGGCGAUCUUGAGACAACUCAUUUUCAAUAAUGUUGAUGUGCCGCCGAGAUGGAUCAUUAACACCUACACUCCCAAUCCGACAUUUCCUAUGAAUUUCGAUGAACUAAGGGGUAGUAAACUAUUCUUGUUCUUUUCAAGUUUGGAUAUUUCUGAAGAUCAUAUUUCACUUAUCAAGAACGUUAACGAGCGGAUACAAAGGGAGAGAAGGGAUGUGUAUAAGACUGUGUGGAUCCCCAUUGUGGAGAACCGGAAUUGGGAGGGGCACAGGCUAGACGAUUACUUGUUGGGCAUUGCGAGAAGACUGUCAUGCUACACAGCUAGACCCCGCCAAGGAUGCAUCAGAAACAUCAAGGACAGGUACCGAUUACACAACAGGAAUAAUUAUUUGGUGCUGGUGGAGAUGGACCAAAGGGGGAAUGCGAACGAAUACGAUCCUGACACCACAAUUGUGAGGGAAAGAAUGGCUCGGUUUGGCUUCACAGACUGACGGAAAAAGUAGCAAUUUUAUUUCAAAACUUAAGGUAACUAAUAAACAGAAGCUCUUUUGCUGCAGUUCACAAUCAUCACUGGAAGCAUUUCGAGAGAGAUUUAUGACAGCACAUGGACCUUCAAAAGAAUUACUAUUCGGAAUAAUGACAGACGGAAAGUAACUGUCCCUUUAGUUAAGUUGGUACUGCGUGUUUCCAUCUUUCUAGUACUGGAAUGUUUGGUAAAUUUCAUUUCCAUUCCAAUUAGUCAACUUGUUUCAGAA